GCGCGGGACAGGACAUCGCGUGUACGGUAAUGUCUUUCCUAGUCCAAGGAGGCGGGAAGAGAAUCGCUUCCAUAUGGACGCUGCGGAUCUCGCCAUAGGAAUUAACACAUUUUUCACAGACGAAAGAUAUAAAGCAUUUUCGAACUCCGCGAGACGGUCCCCGUGCGCGCGCUCUAAGCGUUAACAGUUGUUUGUGCCGAAAUGCUGGAUUCUGAACGCACCUUCCUCCCUACGGGGGACACUCCUCUCCUCGGCCCUUAACGUAUUUAAGAUGGCAGUUGGUGUCUGAUACUAUCCAGAGCCCUUUGGUUUGGGUCUGUAAUGGGAAGAUGUAGCCUAGCCUACCGCACGGCGGAUCAUCGGGUCAGACAGUCAGUCAGUCAGUUACAGAGUACGCUGACAGGUGCUGGUCUGUCAUGAAGGAGUAAUAAUGCGUCAGGCGACUAUAAAGUACAGGCUACUAGUCACAACGGAUUCGCGCAGAGAUUCUAAAUCACAGGCGCUGAAAUGCGUUUCUCUUUGAGUUCUGCGUGGUGUGAUAAUGCCCGACUCCAUUGCGCGCAGUAAAUUGGUUCGAUGUGACGAAUUGUCGGGGUUUUAUUUAUUUAUGUAUUUAUUUUUGAAGUCACAUUGUUACCCCGAGCACUUGUUGUUGCUGUUGUUUAAUUUUUUGAUCACUAUCCAUUUGGAAUGAAAACGGGAAGCCAAAAAUAAUUCGUUUUUAGGAGAUACUGAUGCAAUAAAUGUAUUGCAGAUUGUAUCUGCUAUAGUACUGCAAAUCUCGCAUUGCGCGCGUCGAGAAGGGGUGUUACUUUGUUUAGUUUGAUGGAUGCUUGGCCUUUUCGCUGUAGGCGACACCGCCAGUAGGCUACUCUACAGAUUUAUGAAAUCUGAAAUGUCAAAUUUGUCAUCACUGCGAUAGAGCGGGAUUGUAAUUAUUAUUUGACUCAUUGUGUUAUUCAUAGUACCAAAUGUUUCAUUUUUCAAGGGAAUUGUGAAGAAUUGAUUCGUUUAUGAAGUGUCCUCAUAUCCUCCUGAACGCGAAAUUGCCUCUUACUCGACCUCAUUAAUAUUCAGAAUUCUGGGGGCGCGCCCGCCCCGCAGGUUUGAAUUGUGAAAAGUUUGUCCUGUCUCUCUGGCUGCGCUCGCGCUGCUCGGAAGAAAUUGCGUCUGCGCUGCGCAAUAUGUUAUUCUCCCCCUGAUGAAAAGGCCACCAACGACAGCUGCCUUUGACUGAGAUUGGAGUGUGGGCGCUCGGGAAAGAGAGAGAGAGAGAGAGGGGAAUCAUGGGUAAAAGCGUUGCACUCUGCCUCCUGCUGCUGGCCCUUUCCCACGCUGCCCGGAACCCGAGCAGGAGGAAGAAGACGCAGUCCACCAGCAACCUCCUCCUGCAGGAGGAGGCCAAAGGUCCGAUGUGCUCCCUGGACAUCGCGUUCCUAUUGGACAGCUCUGAGAAGGCCACGCCCCUGCUGUUUGAGAAGCAGCGGGCCUUCGUGCGCAUCUUCGCGCAGAGCGUGGUGCAGAUGCAGACGGCGGGCUGGCGGCUGCGGGUUCGACUGGCCGCGCUGCAGUACAGCACCUCGGUCGCCGUGGAGCAGGGCUUCGGGGACUGGAGGGACCUGGGCGCGUUCCACGCCCGCGUGGGGCGCAUGGGGUACAUGGGGCGGGGCUCCAGCUCCGCCCACGCGCUGCGCAACGCCACCGAGCUCUUCGCCCGCGCGGCCGAGUCCUCCGGCCUGCGGGUGGCGCUGCUGAUGAGCACCGACGGCAACGACGACCCCCACAGCCCCAGCGCCGUCGCCGCGGCGACCGAGGCCAAGCGCGCCGGCGUGCGCGUCUUCGCCGUGGGCCUGUCGGAGCUCGCCCGCGACCCCGCCAACGCCGCCAAGCUCCGCGCCAUCGCCAGCGCCCCCGCAGACGACCACGUCCUGAGCCUCACCGACAACGACCUGCCCGACCGGCUGCUCCUGGAGAUGAACAAGAUGGCCAGAGAUGGAUGCCCACUGCCCAAUACCUGCUCCUGUGAAAAAGGAACGAGAGGUUCUCCUGGGAACCAGGGUAAAAAGGGGGAUGAAGGGAAACGAGGGCUGCCCGGAUCCAAAGGAGCGAUGGGGGAACACGGGCUCAACGGUCUCCAGGGAAGCGAAGGGAUUCAGGGCCAGCCCGGGGGUCGGGGAGACAAGGGGCAACGAGGGGAGCGGGGAGCCCCGGGGGAGAAGGGAGCUAAGGGUCCAGAUGGGCCUGCCGGACCGCAGGGAGCCAGAGGAGAACAGGGCCCAACCGGACCGGCUGGCGAUCAAGGACCCCCUGGGCGAGAAGGAGCCAAAGGGGAGAGGGGGCCCACCGGCUUAUCGGGAUUACCUGGGAACCCGGGGAUCGGGCACCCUGGCCCAAAGGGUGACAAGGGGAACCUGGGCCGAACCGGCCCGUCUGGCCCGGUGGGGGUGGGAGAGCUGGGACUGCCCGGUCUUCCUGGGACUCCAGGGAUGCAGGGGAUUCAGGGUAUACCAGGAGAGGGCCUUCCAGGUCCUAAGGGAGAUCGAGGGCUGGAGGGCCCCAUGGGACAGAGGGGGUUGCCUGGAGUCGGGGUCAAAGGUGACAAGGGAAACGCAGGAGGGAAGGGGUUGCCAGGGGCCAUUGGGCUUCCCGGAUCAGGGAUCCAGGGAGAGAAGGGUGUCCAGGGGCCAGUGGGUCCCCCCGGUUCCAGGGGAGCCCCUGGAGUGGGAUUAAUAGGCCCCAAGGGAAAUCACGGAAUCCCGGGCGAGCCCGGAAUGCCGGGCAUGAGGGGCCAGGGAGCGCCGGGAAUCAAGGGGGAGCCCGGACUGAACGGGACGGCUGGGUUCCCAGGCAUCCCAGGAGAGGACGGGGCCGUGGGCCAAAAGGGUGAAACAGGGUUGCCAGGUCCACGAGGGCCUGAGGGAGAGCCAGGUAAAGGUGAACCAGGAGAAAAGGGCGACCGAGGGGACCGGGGCCAUAGAGGUCUCCCAGGAGCAGUGGGCCCUGUGGGGCCAGCGGGGGCCAAGGGAGAGCCGGGGAUUCUAGGGCUGACGGGCUUGCCAGGGCCAGCGGGGAGGAGCUUAGCGGGGACAAAGGGGGACCCUGGUCCAAUUGGGCCAUCUGGCCCUGUCGGGGAGGCUGGAAUCGGGACGACCGGACCCAAGGGGGACAAGGGACUCCCCGGACCUGUGGGACCAGCAGGAAUAAAAGGGAAAGGCUCCACCGGACCUCUGGGACUCCCCGGGUUGCCAGGUCCAGCGGGAGAGACAGGUCUAGAGGGGAAAGGGUUACUCGGUCCCAAGGGAAAUCAAGGGAUCCCCGGGGUUCCAGGGACGUCCGGCCCUCCUGGAGUGGGACUGAUCGGCCCCUCGGGUCUGGCGGGGCAGCCCGGGAUGACUGGGCCUCAGGGCCUGGCAGGGGACGGGAUUCAGGGCCCGAAGGGGGCGCUAGGAUUCCAGGGCAUGGCUGGCCCCCGGGGGGCCCCAGGAGAAGGUCGUCUUGGAUCAAAGGGAAACCGGGGGCCCAAUGGGGAACGUGGCAGAAAAGGAGAAGGAGGAGAAAUGGGAAAUCCAGGAUCAGCUGGAGACGUGGGACAAGCUGGGCAGAAGGGGGACCCUGGCCUGACGAAAGAGGAAGUCAUCGAAAUCAUCAGAGAAGUUUGCGGGUGUGGCAUAAGGUGCCGGGAGAGGCCCCUGGAGCUGGUCUUUGUGAUUGACAGCUCGGAGAGCGUGGGGCCCGAGAACUUCGACCUGGUGAAGGACUUUGUGAACGCCCUGGUGGACCGCGUGCCCGUGAGCCGCGAGGCCACCCGCGUGGGCGUGGUCCUGUACAGCCACGUCGCCACGGUGACGGUGGGGCUGCAGCAGCCCUUCGACGCGGACGCGGUGAAGGCGGCGGUGCGCGGGAUGCCCUACGUGGGCGAGGGCACCUUCACGGGCAGCGCCCUCCAGAGGGCGGCGCGCGUGCUGCAGGCCGGGCGGCCCGGCGUGCGGAAGGUGGCGGUGGUGAUCACCGACGGGCAGACAGACCGGCGCGACGCGGUGGACCUGGAGGGCGCGGCGCGCGACGCCCACGCCGGCGGCGUGGAGGUGUUCGUGGUGGGCGUGGUCAGCCGCCGCGACCCGCACUACGCCGAGUUCGUGGCCGAGAUGAACGCCGUGGCGACCGACCCCGACCACGAGCACGUCUACAUGAUCGACGACUUCAGGACCCUGCCCACGUUGGAAGGGAAGCUCCUGAGUCAGAUUUGCGAGUACGUCCAUGACACCAUCCUGAACGCCAUCGCCGGCUCCUUCCGGUCCUCCGGGCUCGGGCGCGGCCUGCCCCUCCUCCCGGGCCGCGGGGACACGCCCACCUUCACCAGAACGGCGCCGUCCGGCGAGGACUCCCCGAACACCCUGACGGAAAGGUCCUCGCCGUCUCGGGACGUCCUGGGGCCGCCGGUCCCCUCCGCCGUGUCCGUCCUGGACCCCCAGACCGCCACCAACUGGCAAUACGUUCCGGACGCCACCCACGCGCCCCCAACCCGCGUCAAACCCGGCGAGGGCUGUGAGCAGGAUUUGGACCCAGGCCCGUGUCGGAACUAUGCGGUGAAGUGGUACUAUGACUCUCUGGCUAACUCCUGUGCCCAGUUCUGGUUCGGCGGCUGCAAGGGGAACAGGAACCGCUUCGAGACCGAGUCCAACUGCAUAGAAGCCUGCGUUCGGAAAUGACCCGCACACACACACACACGCGCGCGCAUACACACACACACACUCACGCACAUACACACACACACGCUCGCAUAC